UACCCUGCUACCCUGCUACCCUGUUACCCUGCUACCUCGUGUAUCUGACAAUCCACCUGCGACUUGCAAUUCAUUCACUCAUUCAUUCAUUCGCUUUUCAAGCCCAAUACCUACCUACCUCUUUACCGUAUGGUACCUAACAUACAUAUCUCUGACCUGCAUACAUUACAGAACGUUAUCUAGAGCAGCUGAAGCCUUCUACUUAACUUCCUAUUCUCCUUCCCCUUCUUGGAGAGGGGAUCGUUCCUUUCGACUCCACGAACCUAUCGACCAAAAUAACAUACCAUCAGCCUAGGAAGCCCCUCACAAUUCAUCGAUUCUCCCUGUUCAGCUUACCCCACGUCGCAAUGAGUUGUGAGUUCUCUCUACCAUUCUCACUUGUCAUCUCAGCCCCCAAUGCCUAAUCCAUGUCUCCCCUCUUUGUUUCAGGGAAAAACAAUAGAGUUGUCUCGGCUAUGUCCUCGUCGAUUCGCUCGUUGCUAGUCUCAAUCCCUUCGUCGAAGCGUUGAGUGUAUAAUGCCAAAUAUAGCCACCACUCUUUACUAACUACAACACUCGUGUAGUUAACGCCAUGUUUAGCAGCCUUCGAGGCCAGCCGGAAAGUUACGAAAGAAAGGCGAAGUACAGAUUUGGUCGAACCCUUGGUGCGGGUACAUACGGUAUCGUGCGCGAAGCAGAUGGCCCCAAUGGCAAGGUCGCUAUUAAGAUCAUCCUCAAGAAAAAUGUCAAGGGGAACGAGCAAAUGGUUUGGGACGAGCUAGAUAUGCUCCAGCGUCUCAAACACCCUCACAUUGUUCGCUUCGUGGAUUGGUUUGAGUCAAGGGAUAAAUGGUAUAUUGUCACCGAGCUCGCCACUGGCGGUGAACUUUUCGAUCGCAUCUGCGAACAGGGCAAGUUCACAGAGAAGGACGCUUCACAGACCAUCAGACAGGUCCUCGACGCCGUCAGCUAUCUCCACGACAGGAACGUAGUACACCGAGAUCUUAAGCCCGAGAAUCUCCUCUACCUCAGCAAAGACUCCGAUUCCGACUUAGUCUUGGCAGAUUUCGGAAUUGCAAAGAUGCUUGAUACCAAGGAUGAGGUCCUAACUACAAUGGCGGGGUCUUUCGGUUACGCAGCACCCGAAGUCAUGUUGAAGAAAGGUCAUGGCAAGCCUGUGGAUAUGUGGUCGUUGGGUGUCAUCACUUACACUCUUCUCUGUGGUUACUCUCCCUUCCGCUCUGAAAACCUGCAGGAUUUGAUCGACGAAUGCAGUAGCGGGAAAGUAGUCUUCCAUGAGCGCUACUGGAGAGAUGUAAGUGACGAUGCGAAGGACUUCAUUAUGCGCCUCUUACAACCGGAUCCGGAAGACAGGUGGUCCAGCAAGCAAGCACUUAAGCACCCCUGGCUCAGCGGCGAAAAUGCCUCAGACCACAACUUACUUCCUGAGAUCAAGGCCUACAUGGCCAAGGCAAGACUCCGCCGUGGUAUCGAACUCGUCAAGUUGACAAACCGUAUCGAGGCGCUCAAGCUCCAAGAAGACGAUCCAGAGCACCCCGACUUUGCCGAUGAUUCAGCAGCUCCAGCCAGCCAAGGAUCAGACAAGCCCACGUCACCAAAGGAGGAGACCGGCAAGGGCAAGCUCACGCGCGCAAUGAAGGGCGCCAUCUUCCGCGAGGUGGUUCUGGCUAAAGUCCGCGAGAUGAAGGAGCAAGAGCAGACCCUGAAGGUCACGGAAGAAGUGGAAAAGGAAGCGAAGCGGAAGAGUUUCCAGGGUUGAGCAAAUAAACCAAAAUUGUGCUAGGCGCAUCUUAGCGAUAUAAUAGAUACCCCCUUCCAAGCAUGAAAGGGCAAUAGGAAUGGAAAGAUAUCAAGGACGGCAUGAUUAAAAUCGUUUGUCAUAGCUGAGACAUUACAAUGCAUAGCAGGCAGGGCUGACAAGACGGAAGAGGUGGUUGGCUAUUAGUUCGGGGAAGCAGAUAUAUUCGUGUUCUUUCUAUUCCUGUUUCCCCCUGAUAUCCGUUUCGCGUUCGGUUAAGACUUGUCGGGCCUGGUUUUUAUUAAAUACUACGUUCCUCUUCGUUUCGUCUAGUUCCUCUUGCGGUUGCUGAUGGUUUAUCGAUGCGCCACGGACGCGUGUUAAUUAUUUUAUUCGAUAUCAUAGGGGACACUACGUAGUGGGUAGGUCAGAAUAGGUAAUUGAAAGUUGGCGAGAUCAGUUUUGUACUGCCUUUGUUCACAGGUUUAGUUGAUUGAUUCUUUCUUUACUUCACGGCUAUAAGAACGCGGGGUUUGGCAGGAUUAUCUGAUAAUUAAGUCGGUAGGUAGGUACGUAUACGUGUAAUAACGUAGAUCAUUAAAUGUAUAUUUCU